CCAAAAUACCGUUAAUUACAAUAAUUCUCGCAUUUCUUUCGUUAUAAACAAAUCCAACGCCAGAUGUCAGGACURAAGACAUGAUUCGCAAAAUCAAAACAAAACACGUCUUUCACUGAAAAUCUCUCCGAAAUUCUGACCCGAAUUCAGACCACAAUUCAGACCAGAAAUCCAAUUAUAGAAGAUGUGGUCCAAAAGUCUGAACGAAUCGUUUUCCGCUUUAACGACGUCUUUAAGACAAUCGCUUCCUUUGAAUCCAACUUUCGAUUCUCAACAAAACCUCAUUUCGGACGACAUUUCCCGACAAUUAUCCGUUGAAUGCGAUCUUUUGCGUCGCGAAUGUCAGCGACUAAAAGCCCGAUUGGACGGCCACUCACCCGUCGACCCGCAGGUCGGCGACGAAAGCGACGUCCCGGACGACGGCUCGGACGACACACGGACGACGGUGGCCGCGAUGCCGGACGUGACUGCGGCGGCGGAACGAGUGAUGGCUCUGGAAGACGAAUUACGGAAAGUGGAGGCGGAUCGGAGUCAUUGGCGAACGCUUUGUCUGCAGCAACAGACCAAACAUGACGACAAACGGGACGACAAACGGGACGACGCUUCGGACGACAAACCGGACGACGAACCGAACGACGACGUCCUACAACUCAAACAAGAACUUCAACUUCUCGACCAAAUUCACGCUCAAGAACUCAAUAAACUCGUUCAAAUCAAAAACACGUUAGAACAACGGUUAGCACAGGUAGCACGCGGUGAACCCGAAGGUGAGGAUGGACAACGGGCUCAAGACAGACAACUACUCGAAACUCGGAUUCACGACAAAGAGGCGGACGUCCAAAGAAUAACGGAGGAAUGCGAGCGAAAGAGCGAAGAAAUUCAAAGAUUAACGCAAAAAGUUGAUGAACUAAUGGYGCGGGUCGUCGUCCCGGACGACACAACUGUCCAAAGACUUAACGAAGAGUUGGCGCGAUUGAAGCGCCAUCUUGUCGAAGUCGAAGACAACUAUUGUCGCGAACUUUUGACCGCAGAACAAACGAUUCGGCAGUUGAGAGACGAAAAGGAAGCGUUGGAAGCGACGGCCGGACGUCUGAAAGAACAACAUUUUGAAGAAGAAAUUCGAAAUUUGAAAACCGAAAGAGAAAUCGCGAGAAACCAAGUUUCGGCUCUGGAGGACAAAAACGCCGAAUAUUCUGCUUCUGUUAAUAAUCUUCAAGUAGUUGUCGAACAAUUGCAAAGAGAAAAUGAACGAAAAAUUCAAGUUUUAAAACGCGAUUUCGAUUCCAAACUCUUAAACGAACGCAAAAUCAGUGAACAAUUAGAAUCUCGUGUUCGACAACUCGAACAACGAAUCCAAGACACCACUGAAGCCUUGGGAGCGGCCGAACGGCUGUCCAUGAGUUUGGACGCCAAGGAAGCGACGAUUUCGAGUUUGCGGUCUUCGGUUGAACUCAAAGAACAACAAAUGGCGGAUUUGCGAUUAGAAACCAAUCGAAUGAAAGACUCUUUCGACGGAACUGUUGACAAACAAGUGGCCAAAAGUCUGUUUUUGGCUUUAAUGACGUCUUCGGAGGAAAACCGCAGAAAAGAAGUCCAAAAACUGAUUUCAAGAUUCCUUGAUUUCAAUUCCGAAGAAAUGUCAAAAACAGGUUUACAAAAGACAACAAAAGACGAGUCUUUGUCCGCGAGAUUCGUUCUCUUCCUUCACAACGAGUCGACUCCGCCCCCAAUCACCGCCACACCCACUCCGGCCGCGCUCUCGGGUUUAUCGCGGUCUUUGAUUGCAGACUCGCAGCGAACGAAUCCGUUUUUGGCAACUGUUCCGACGUCGACAUCGUCGUCGCGGCGUUCGUCGGUUGCCAUGACGACGGAUAAUCCGCUUCUUCAGGAACUGAACGAAUCUUUUGCGUCACUCUUGACGUCACCGAAAAAUCAAUAAAAAUAGUUUUAAAAAAAUGUUUUA